UCUACAUCGCCGCUGUGGAGCCAAUCGUACUUUACGCUUCAAGCGUCUGGGUCCCAGCCGUAGAUCAAGUCGGAGUGCGGAAGUUGCUGGACGCAGUUCAGCGAGGGUUCGCGCGGAAGAUCAGCCGGGCCUACAAAACUGCCAGUUUGAGUGCGGCGCUGAUCCUGUCAGGUAUCUUGCCACUCGACCUGAGGGUCCGAGAGGCAGCAGAAUUGUACCGAUAUAAAAGGGGUGAGGACAUUGAUGGUAUGGCAGACAGGAAGGCUGAACAGCGGGUUAGCUUCCUGGAUGCUCCCCAUCCAGCCCUCGCUCCUGAGGUAGAGUUCUGUUGUCUCGAGGAUACACAGGCCGAAACCGACGCGGUAGAGGUGCAGGAUGACCCAAGAGAGGGAGAGGGUUACCUGCAAGUCUACACCGAUGGAAGCAAGAUACAGGGCAGGGUUGGAGCCGGAAUAUCAUACAGGCGGCGAGGCUUGGAAGUCAGAGCAAGAAAACUCAAAUUGGAGAAUUAUUGCUCUGUCUUCCAAGCCGAAAUGUGCGCAAUUUCGAAGGCUAUCGAGGACAUCUUGAAGAUGCCCGACAUGAAGGUCGAGAUCCUUAGUGACUCCAGGUCGUCGCUGGAGCUGCUAAGGGAUCGAUCUUCGUUCCACCCGAUAGCCUUCGAAAUUAAAAACUUGAUCCGGCGGGCUCGAGAAAUGGGUAAAACCAUUCGGUUCCGCUGGGUUCGGGCGCAUGUAGGUAUUGAGGGGAACGAGAGGGCUGAUCACUUGGCGAAGGACGCGGCGCUCCAUUCGAAAUUGAGGGCUGCAUACGAUGGAGUACCGAUUUCUACUCUCCGCCGCAAAAUUAGAGCCAAGACCCUCGACGUCUGGCAGGAGCGGUACACCGCGGGUCAAACCGCAAGUGUCACAAAGGCGUUUCUGCCGGACGUCGCGGCGUCUUACAAGCUGGUUAGGGAGGAGCCCUUCUCCGCAUUGAUGGCCCAGGUUAUAACGGGCCACGGCGGCUUCGCGGCGUAUCUCCACCGGUUCGGACUAAGGGAUAGCCCAGUGUGCAUUUGCGAUGGUCAAACUGACGAAAGCGCAAUGCACCUGGUGCUCGAAUGCCCCAGGUUCGGCCGGUGGAGAUGCGACCUAGAGGUGGAAAGCGGGGUGGCCGUUGCUGAGGCAAACCUCCCAGUUUUUGUCGAAAAGCCAUUGAGGAAGUCCUUUGAAAGCUUCUGUUUAAAGAUUCUGUCUGACGUGCUGCCGCGGAAUGGCAGCAACACAAAAUUUAAAACUUAAUAGCUUAAGAAUUGUAA